AUGGUUGAAGAUCAGCGUUUCUGUAAUGAGUCAGCACAGCUGCAUGGACAGACUGUGACGUCUUCUGUGUUUCAUGCUUUUGUUGUUUCUUUGUCACUUCUGAUAAUAUGUGGAAAUCUUCUUGUCAUCAUCUCUGUCGUUUACUUCAAGCAGCUCCACACUCCAACAAACUACCUCAUCCUCUCUCUGGCUGUGACUGACCUGCUGGUUGGAGCUUUAGUUUUACCUUUCAGCACCAUAUUGUCUCUGAGCUCAUGCUCCAGUUCAAGUUAUUUACUCUACAGAUAUUUUGCAGUGUGUCAUCCUCUGACAUAUAGAAGCAAAAUGAAUGUUUGUGUAAUUCUGACCAUGAUCCUGGUGAGCUGGACUCUUUCAGCUCUAUUCGCUGUUGUCAUCAUAGCACGUGGGAUAAAUCAAGAAAAUCUCAGCAGGAGGUGUAAUUUAUUUACAGCAACAAAACAAUUCAGCCCUGAAACCAUUUUUCAAUUUUACAUUCCAGCUAUUAUAAUUUUAUCAAUCUAUCUUAAGAUUUUCAUGGUGGCGAAGAAACAGGCAAGACAAAUCCAGAACACUAUGAAGUCUGAAGCAGCUCUCAGUAAGAUGGAGAAAAAGGCCAACAAAACUCUGGCUACAGUGAUGGGAGUCUUCCUCAUAUGUUGGACUCCUUUCUUUCUAUCCAUAGGUUUUUACAGUUUGGGAAUAGUCACAAUACCAGUUGCAGCCAUUGAAGGAUUUAAAUGGUUAGGAUGGUCCAAUUCUAUGUUAAAUCCUCUGGUUUAUGCUUUUUUCUACAGGUGGUUCAGACGAGCUUUUACUAUGAUCAUUUCUGGUCAAAUAUUUCAGGGAGAUUUUUCUAAUACAAAACUACUGUGA